AGUAGUAGGAUCUUCACUAUCUAUUUAGUGCAAAGAGAAUCCAAAAUCCAUCCUUACUGACAUUUCUGAAAUUGUCCUCUUUGUUAAAAACCUGUAAAUCCUCCUAGCACCGAAAAAAAUCCGCUCAGCAGAAGAUAAGAGUAUAAUGGAGGUUGCUGGUGAUCACUUUGAUGUUAUCAUCAUUGGUGCAGGGAUCAUGGGGAGCUGCACCGCUUACGAGGCGGCAAAGCGUGGCCUCAACGUUCUUCUCUUGGAGCAGUUCGACUUCCUUCACCAUCUUGGCUCCUCCCACGGAGAGUCACGAACGAUCCGUUACACUUACCCUGAACCCUACUACGUUCCCAUGGUGAUCGAGUCUUUCCGCCUCUGGGAAGAAGCCGAGUCUGAAAUUGGGUACCGGGUCAUUACUAAAACCCCACAUUUUGAUUUAGGCCCAGCCUGUAACAAGAGCCUACAGUCUGUCAUUUCUAGUUGUAACUCUCAUUCCAUCGAUGUACGAGUCUUGAACGAGUCUCAGGUUUCCGAGAAAUUUGGUUGCUCGUUUGAGAUGCCUGAGGGGUGGAUCGGAUUGGCUACUGAAGGUGGAGUGAUUAAGCCAACAAAGGCAGUAGCCAUGUUCCAGGCACUCGCCAUCAAGAGAGGUGCUGUUCUCAGAGACCACGAAGAAGCGGUUGAUAUCAAGAAAGCUGAUGAUGGCAAUGGAGUCGUGGUCUCAACCGUCAAUGGCCGUAGGUUCCGGGGGAAUAAGUGUGUGGUGACUGCCGGAGCUUGGACUCGAAAGCUAGUUAAAACAGCAGCCCGGCUGGAUUUACCGUCCAGCCGCAUCCAGCCGCUUCACACUCUCGUUUGCUAUUGGAAAAUCAGAGAAAGCUUUGAGAAGACCCUAGUUCCGGGAAGUGGUUUUCCGUCAUUUGCGAACUACGGUGAUCCCUAUAUCUACGGCACACCAUCAAUAGACUUCCCCGGGCUAGUCAAGAUUGCAAUGCACGGGGGUCACCUGUGCGACCCAGACAAGAGAAAUUGGAGCUUGGGGUCAGACUCUUGUGUUGGUUCUCUGGUGGAGCCUGUUGGGAAGUGGAUUGAAAAGGUGAUGCCCGGUUGUGUCAUGUUCGACAAGCCUGUGAUGAUGCAAAGAUGUCUGUAUUCUAUGACUCCUGAUGGGGAUUUUGUAUUGGAUUUUGUUGGGAGGGAGUUUGGUAGGGAUGUGGUGGUGGCUGGAGGGUUUUCUGGGCACGGAUUCAAGAUGGGGCCAAUAGUUGGAAAGAUUUUAGUUGAGAUGGCGAUUAAGGGGGAUGUAGCGGCAGCAGGAGCCGCAGUCGGGGUGGAGAUGAAAUGGUUUACAAUUUCGAGGUUUGAGAAUGAUCGUAAGGGAAAUGCUAAGGAGCAUGAGGAUCAAGUUUCUUUACACGAUCAGUCAUAAUGAGGUCUCCCCCUCCGCCCUUUUCCUCUUGAUACGAGCCUUUAAGAUAACCAUUAUGAAUUUAUUAUGUGGUGUUUGUCUCGUGAACUUAUCGUAAAUUUGUCGUUAGUUGUGUUGUUAUAAUCUCUUCAUGUGUUAAAAUUAGCGAAAGGUCUGCUCCUUUGGCAUUUGCAGCAAGGAAUACAUGACAAUUCUUAAGGAA